CAGCAGAGAAAAGAAAAAGGGGAGCCUCACAGGUCGGCAGGCGUGCAGUCAAGACCGUCCAUCCUUAGAUCCCUUCAUCCUGCUCACACGUCGUCCGUCUGAUCACCGUGAUCUGUCGUGUGGCAGCCGGACAGCAAGAUGGACAGGACCUGCUGCGCCACCCUGUGCGUGCUCCUGCUGCUCUCUACUCACACCUACUGCCAUGAGGCUGCUGGCUUCGUCUCGCCGCUGAGGCCAUCGGGCCGUCUCUCCCGGCAGCAGCACGUCACGCCGUCUGCACGUCGGUAUGAGGGGCGGGAUUUGGUGAGCAUGUCGGCGCAGACGACCGUCAAGACCACCACGGAGCCGCAGCCACUGCCCGCGGACCUGGUGGAGUUCAGAAGGAAACUGAUGAGUAAGUGAGGCAGGCAGGCAGGCAGGCAGGCAGAGGGCGUCCCUCCUUGUUAGCGUGCACGCUGCCUGCACUGCACUGCGCUGCACCUAUCUUGUCUGUUGGGUUGGAUGUGUGUGCUUUGUUUGUUUGCAGAGGACCCGUUGUUCCCGCUGCCUCGCGAUGACGCCAUGUGGGUGGAGUUUGCGGUGUCCAACUUCGGCUUUGUGGUUGGGCUGAUAUUCUUCAACCCGGUGUUCGGACUGGUCUUUGCGUCCCUCUUCAACUACCUGUCCAAGAAAGAGGGUGAGGGAGGGAAGGAAACGCUCACAGGGCUGAUUGGAGCGCAUGGGACAGCAAUCGAUGUGUUGGUUGGUUGGUGUGUUCAGGUGAGUUGGGUGAGGUGUUCCGUGUGGUGGGCCGAUUUCUCGUCGACUGCUCCAAUUUUGUCAUGUCGUAAGCACGGGAAAGAUGUAUUCAACACAGGGGGACGACUACACGAGAAUCGCGCCCUUUUUCUUCCCUCAGUCUGAACACCCGCUUCUCUCUGGUUGAGAAGGGCUCGAAGGCUGUGUCGAGUGGAUACACCAACAUCAAGGUGGGCGGCAAUACGCGCACAUGCCCAUCAGGGGUCAUCCGCUGUGCUGUGCUGUGUUGUCUUGCGGGCUGUGUGUUGACACAUGCAGAAGGGUCAGGACGACACUGAGAGUAUCGACAAGAUCGAGUCAUCGGCAAACACCGUCAUCACAAAGAUCAAGGUCAGAGGGGGGGAGACGGGCUGGUGGGACAGACAGACAGACAGACAGACAAACCUACAGACAGCGCAGCGCGACACCCAUGUGAUCGAUGAAUGAUUGACCUACUUGUCUGUCCGCUGCUCGUCAUCCAUCAGGAUUUUGACGCCAAGCAGGAUGCCCGCGGCAAGCUGCUGGAGCUGACAUUCAGGGCGGGAGACGCAACGAACAGGUUCUAUGACCAGGUACGCAGUACGCACGCACACACGCACCUACACAAUAGGCCAAGUUGGACGGGUGCGAAUGUGGUUGCGGGCUGGGCUGUGCUGGCUGCAGCUUCUUGACUGGAACAAGGAGUACGACUGGUCUGGCAAGGCCAUGCGCAAGAGCCAGGAGCUGCUCGACAAGGCCAAGGAGUCACUGGCCGAGGAACCCGCCAAGACGCCCACUGCACCGACCUCGCCCGCCAGCAAGGCCGCCCCGCCGCCCGCCGCAGCUCGCGAGACCAUCCAGGCGUAAACCAGCAGACACUGAGAGCGGACGGACGGGUGUUUGCUGAUGGAGUGAGUGAG